AUGCUCCUCCUCCGUCUUCUCCGACAUCGCUGCUCCUCGGCACCUUCAAGAGCUUCCUUCACCUCGGUCCGCACCAUGGCCUCUGCCUGCUCGUCGUCGUCGUCCGUUGAGACGCUCCCCAAGUCUCCCAUCCGUGUCCUGCGCACCGUCGAGUCGUUCCGCCGUUGGCGCCAGCCUCAUGUCAUCAACCACCGCUCCGUUGGUCUCGUGCCUACCAUGGGCGCUUUGCACGAGGGUCACCUGGCGUUGAUUCGCGCCGCUGCGAAGGAGAACCACCAUGUCGUCAUUAGCAUUUAUGUCAAUCCCGCUCAGUUCGGUGUUAAGGAGGACCUCGACUCCUACCCGGUCACCUGGGACGAGGAUGCGAAAAAGCUGGCCCUGCUGGACAGGGAGCUUGCAGAUGACGGUGGUAACCUCGGUCGCAUCACUGCUGUCUUUGCGCCGAGCACCAAGGAGAUGUACCCGAGCGGGUUUCCAGGCCAGGACGUCGAUAGCAAGGGCAGCUUCGUCACCAUCACUCCUGUUGGCGAGGUUCUCGAGGGCGCAAGCCGACCAACCUUCUUCCGGGGUGUUGCGACGGUCUGCAUGAAGCUCUUCAACAUCAUUCAGCCUGAGCGCGCAUACUUUGGCCAGAAGGAUAUCCAGCAGACCGUCGUUCUCCGUCGCAUGCUCAAAGACUUCCUUGUCCCCUCCCAAGCUGUUGUCUGCCCCACUGAGCGCGACGCCGACGGCCUGGCCCUUAGCUCCCGAAAUGUAUACCUUGGUCCCCGGCGGAGAGCAGUUGCCAUCGUCCUUCCCGGGGCCCUCCGCACUGCCGCCGGCGUGUACACUUCGGGCGGCCUGCGCGAUAGGGCCAGUAUCCUCGGUGCUGCGCACAACUUCAUCGCCGCCGUGUCGGCCGUCCAGGAUGACCUCCCUCCCACAGAGCGCUCGCGGUUCGAGGUUGACUAUAUCUCCCUCGCAGACCCGGAGACGAUGCAAGAGGUGGACGAGGUGGACCCCACACGCGGAGCCGUGCUGAGCGGCGCCGUCAGGAUGUUGCCGGUCGAGGAGGCCAAGGAGGGCGAGGAUCUGGGAUUCAGCGGGGGACCCAUGGUGCGCAUCAUAGACAACUUUAUCCUCGAGCCCAAAGAGGCCAAGGAGGAAUAG